AUGGUGGAGACGUGUAGGUGGCGUGAUACUGGAAUCUCACUGGGUUUUCCUGAUCUUUUCCAAUUGGCUACAAAGCUUGAUUUCUUCUUCUUCUUCUUCUUCUUCUUCUUCUUCUUCUUCUUCUUCUUCUUCUUCUUCUUCUUCUUCUUCUUCUUCUCUUUCUCAAUUUUGAGUGUCUACUUCUGGCAUGUACUUUGCCUUCGGCUCCUCCUAUCAUUUUACUACAAGGCUCGGGACUGGCAGCAACCCGUUGUGAUCAGCUAUCAUUCCAAUCUUACCAACAAGCUCGUCCAGAACAAAAUCUCUCUCCGAAAAACCAACAGUUUUCCUGUCCACACAUUUCUAAAAAUGUCUCGUCAAUUGAUGAUGCUCAUCUUGGUUACCUGUUUCGUCAUGGAAGCCGUUUUCUCAGCACCGGCAGCUUCACAUCAACUCGUCCCUGACGGACUCUCUCUGUUUAUGACCCCUAACGACAUGGACAAAUUAAGCAAAGCAACCCAAGAACUUGAGAAUGUUUUUAAGAUGAUUCGACGCCGCAAACGCAGCCUCUCCUCUUUUUACAUCCACAUCCUUCAUGAUAAAAGGAAGGAAUCGACCACGCCCUAUUAUUCAGAUCGGAUGUAA